AUGAAGAACUACUACGCAAUACUAGACGUCGCAAGGAACGCAACGCGAAAGGAAAUCAGGACUGCGUAUAUCAAGAAGGCUAAGAUGUAUCAUCCAGACUUGAAUCCAAGCCCUAACGCAGCUGCAAGGUUCAAGGAGGUACAGGAGGCCUACAACACGUUAUAUGAUCGAGACAAACGUCACGCAUAUGAUACCUCGCAUGCGUUCGGAAGGUCGCCAUCUGGGACUAACAGGCGCAGUGCGCCUAACAACGGAACGACUACCCGUGGUUCGGGCCACUACAGCUACCACGAUACUGCUCAAAGCUUCGAAGAACAAUUCCGAGCUGAAGCUGAGCAGCUGCGAAGACAAUGGCAGGAGAUGGAAACCGAUAAGUUACGGCGUGGAGAAGAGAAAUUCAAAGCAACCUUCACUGACGCCGGAUUUCCAGGCGGGGUUCGUUUCGUGCAUUUUUUCACGUUCGUACCACCGUAUAACCUGCGAUACCUAGUAUAUUUCUUGCGCAAAAUUGCGCCUCUCAUCAUCUUACCGUUAUCAUUUAUGUUAUUUUUUGCAAGCGAAGUCAUGGGUAGUAUGGCGCGCAAGAGCGCUAAAAUGCACAUAGUUUACGAUUCUUACGGUAUGUUCCGUGUUAAAGCCGAGCAUAUACCUACGACACUUAUGGGCGGCGUUGCAGGUUGCCAGAGUUCGACAGAAGGCAAUGACACCGCCGCUGGUCACACACCCGACGUCCACUUUUUUAAACUUAUGGCGCCGCCGGAAGGCGCGCAAUCUUUGUUACAACAGGUUCUUAAGCGGUCACAAUCCACUCCUCGGAUUCUUUGGUGGCAAGCUAAAGAGAUACUUUACAAAUUGCAACGUCGCCAACGUAAUGAUACCAAGCAACAUCCAUGUGUAGCUACCUGGCACAAGCUAGUACGCUGUAUGCGACGUUUCCCUCAUAAUCCUACAACCAAGUGUGCUGGAGAGGCGUCUAGGCACUAUCAAUGCACCCUGAAACAUGAUGAUUGGACAGCCGAGGGCGGAGUGAACUACACUAGAAUCCUUGAAGCUUUUGACAUAUUCGACACUCGUAAACCUGUAGUGUUUACGGCAGACGAGAUGCAACGCAGUGGAAUAGUGACCACGAAUAAAUUCAUACCGGAUAAGCGGUUCAAGUAA